AGCGGCGGUCGCGUGGCGGCAGCGGGCUGUUGACGUGGGGGUCCUCCCGGCUCCCGCUGCCCACUCGGCGCCAUGGUGCCCGCGAAGGCUACGAACGCGGUGUGGCUGCUCCUGGGCUCCGCGGCGCUUUGGUUCACGCUGCUUGGUACCACGACGACGUCUGCGUCCAAGGCGGUGACGGCCCACCUGGCCGCAAAGUGGCCGGAGACCCCGCUACUGCUGGAAGCCAGUGAAUUUAUGGCAGAAGAAAGUAAUGAAAAAUUUUGGCAGUUUUUGGAAACCGUACGAGAACUAGCAAUUUACAAGCAAAAAGAAUCAGAUUAUUCUUAUUACAACCUAAUUCUGAAGAAAGCUGGACAGUUUUUGGACAAUUUACACAUCAAUCUCUUAAAAUUUGCUUUCUCUAUAAGAGCAUAUUCUCCAGCUAUCCAGAUGUUUCAACAGAUUGCUGCUGCAGAGCCUCCCCCAGACGGAUGUAACGCAUUUGUGGUCAUUCAUAACAAGCACACCUGUAAAAUCAAUCAGAUCAAAAAGCUGCUGAAAAAGGCUACUUCAAGGCCCAGGCCUUAUCUUUUUAAAGGAGACCAUAUAUUUCCUACAAACAAAGAGAACUUACCAGUGAUUGUUCUCUAUGCAGAAAUGGGUACAAGAAUGUUUUCAGAAUUUCACAGAGUAUUAUCUCAAGAAGCUCAAAAUGGUAAAAUUAUGUAUGUUCUUCGCCAUUAUAUUCAGAAACCAAGCUCUCGGAAAAUGUAUUUAUCUGGCUAUGGUGUGGAACUAGCGAUUAAGAGUACAGAAUACAAAGCAUUAGAUGAUAUCCAAGUUAAAACUGUGCCUAAUACUACUGCAGAAGAUGAGACUGAAGCAAAUGAAGUUCAAGGAUUUAUCUUUGGGAGAUUAAAAGAACUAUAUUCGGAUCUUAGAGAUAAUCUGACAAUAUUCCAAAAAUACCUGAUUGAAAGUAAUAAGGAAAUGAUCCCCUUGAAAGUCUGGGAACUACAAGAUCUUAGUUUUCAAGCAGCUUCGCAAAUAAUGUCCACUCCGGUGUAUGAUGCCAUAAAAUUAAUGAAAGACAUUUCACAAAAUUUUCCCACAAAAGCCAGAUCUCUAACCAGAAUUGCUGUAAAUCAACAUAUGAGGAAUGAAAUACUGAAAAACCAAAAGUACCUCCGAGAGAGAUUUGGGAUUCAGCCAGGUGAUGCUCGUCUAUAUAUAAACGGCCUUCGUAUUGAUAUGGAUGUUCAUGAUCCUUUUAGUAUUUUGCAUAUGCUGAAAUUAGAAGGAAAAAUAAUGAAUGGCCUUCAAAAUCUCGGGAUUGAUGGAGAAGAUAUGAGAAAAUUUUUUAAACUAAAUUUACAUCCUCAAGAAUAUACCUAUGUAUUAGAUAUCCGACAUUCUUCUAUAGUGUGGAUUAAUGACUUAGAAACCGAUGGCUUAUAUGCUACAUGGCCGACAAGUUGCCAGGAACUUCUAAAGUCAGUAUUCCCUGAAACUAUACCUUCCAUAAGGCGUAAUUUUCAUAAUUUGGUUCUGUUUAUUGAUCCUGAUCAAGAAUAUACCUUGGAUUUUAUAAGACUUGCUGAACUUUUCUAUCAUCAUAAAGUUCCUCUUAGAAUUGGUUUUGUGUUCAUUCUUAAUACAGAUAAUGAAGUUGAUGGGACAGAUGGUGCUGGCAUCUCUCUUUGGCGAGCUUUCAACUAUAUUGCAGAAGAAUAUGAUGUAACAGAAGCAUUUAAUUCUCUAGUACAAAUGUACCAAAAAGUGAAGGAUCUACUCUCUGUAGACAAUGUGAAGAGUGUUCUCCAAAAUAAAUUUCCUCAUGCUAACAUUGGAGAUAUUUUGGGAACUUAUUCCAAAUACGAUAAAGAAAGAACGGCAGGAAGCAGCUUUUAUAAAAUAACUGGAUUAGGUCCUUUGCCUCAAGCUCUUUAUAAUGGUGAGCCUUUUAACCUUGAAGAGAUGACUAUUAAAGAUCUAGAAGUGGCUAUUCUUCACAAGAUGAUGCAUACAUCCGUGUAUUUACAAAGAGAUGUCUUUAUGGGUACAUUAAAUGAUCAAAUGGAUGCAAUUGAUUUCCUAAUGGAUAGGAAUAAUGUCGUACCCCGUAUAAAUUCUUUGAUUUUGGAUUCUACACAUCAGUACAUUAAUUUAAUACCUUCUUCAGUAACUGCUGAUGUUGAAGACUUCUCUACUUUCUUUUUCUUGGAUUCACAAGAUAAGAGUGCUGUAAUUGCAAAGAACAUGUAUUAUGUAACCCAAGAAGAUGAUGAUGAUGAUGAUGGCGUGAUUUCCGCAGUCACUCUGUGGGUCAUUGCCGACUUCGAUACGCCUUCUGGAAGAAAACUGCUUUCCAGUGCAUUGAAGCACAUAGAAACAAGUAUCCAUAGUCGAUUGGGAGUUAUUUAUAAUCCUACGUCAAAAAUAAAUGAAGAGAACACAGCUAUUUCUAGAGGAAUUUUAGCGGCCUUUCUGACACAGAAAAACAACCCUUUAAAGUGCUUUCUCCGGAAACUGGCAGAGGAAGAAACAGCUACAGCUAUUUAUUCUGGAGAUAAAAUUAAAACUUUCCUUACUGAGGGAAUGGAUAAGAAUGCUUUUGAGAAAAAAUAUAACACCAUUGGAGUGAAUAUUUUCCGAACUCACCAGUUAUUCUGUCAGAGUGUAUUUCGGUUGGAUCCUGGGGAAAGAGGUAUCGUCAGCAAUGGGAAAUUCUUUGGACCUGUAGAGGAAGAUUUCUACGUAGAAGACUUCCACUUGUUGGAAAAAAUAACGUUCAAUAACUUAGUAGAGAAAAUUGAAGACAUUGUUGAAAGUAUGAAAGUUGAUACAGAAGACAUAAGUGACCUUGUGAUGAAAUUUGAUGCCCUUAUUUCCUCUUUGCCUAUUCACGCAUCUCGGGAUGAUAUCACAUUUCUUAAAGAGAAUCACAGCAUUAUAAAGAUGAAUCCUCAAGAGAAUGAUAUAUUCUUUGAUGUCAUAGCUAUUGUUGACCCCUUGACAAGAGAAGCACAGAAGAUGGCACAUUUAUUGAUUGUGCUUGGCAAGAUUCUAAACAUGAAGAUAACACUGUUCAUGAACUGCAGGAGUAAGCUUUCAGAAGCCCCUUUAAAGAGCUUUUACCGUUUUGUCCUGGAGCCAGAACUGAUGUCAGGAACUAAUAAUAAUCCUUCUCCAGGACCAAUGGCAAAAUUCCUGGAUAUUCCUGAAUCACCCCUUCUAACGCUCAACAUGAUUACUCCAGAAAACUGGUUGGUUGAGACAGUGCACAGCAGCUGUGACCUUGAUAACAUUCACUUGAAAGAUAUUGAGAGCACUGUCACAGCAGAAUAUGAACUGGAAUAUCUGCUCCUUGAAGGAUAUUGCUUCGACACCGCAGAGCAGCCUCCCCGGGGCCUGCAGUUCACGCUGGGCACAAGGAGCAAACCUGUCAUGGUGGACACAGUUGUGAUGGCCAACCUUGGAUAUUUUCAGCUCAAAGCAAACCCAGGUGCUUGGAUACUAAAAUUACGCCAAGGAAAAUCAGAAGAUAUUUAUCAGAUAGUGAGGCAUGAAGGAACUGACUCCCAACCUGACCUAGGCGAUGUCAUCGUUGUAUUAAACAGCUUCAGGAACAAGAUAUUGAAAAUACAGGUUCAGAAAAAACCAGACAAAAUGAAGGAAGAUAUCCUUAUUGAUAAACAUGAACAAAAAGGAGUGUGGGAUUCUAUUAAAAGUUUCACAAGGUUACAUAAAGAAGAUGAUAAAGAUGAGAAUGAUGUUCUAAACAUUUUUUCAGUUGCUUCUGGCCAUUUAUAUGAACGCUUUCUAAGAAUCAUGAUGCUUUCUGUCUUACGUAACACCAAAACACCAGUCAAAUUUUGGUUUCUGAAAAAUUAUCUUUCACCGACAUUUAAGGAAGUAAUUCCUCACAUGGCUAAGGAGUACGGGUUCCAAUAUGAACUAGUCCAGUAUAAGUGGCCCCGGUGGCUUCGUCCACAAACCGAGAAACAACGGAUUAUUUGGGGUUACAAAAUCCUUUUCCUGGAUGUUCUUUUUCCACUAGCAGUGGACAAAAUCAUUUUUGUUGAUGCAGACCAGAUUGUGAGACACGACCUGAAAGAGCUCCGUGACUUUGACCUGGACGGAGCCCCCUAUGGGUACACCCCGUUCUGUGACAGCCGCACGGACAUGGAUGGCUAUCGCUUCUGGAAAACGGGAUACUGGGCGUCACAUCUCUCAAGAAGGAAAUACCAUAUCAGUGCCUUAUAUGUGGUGGAUCUCAAGAAGUUCAGGAAAAUCGCAGCAGGUGACAGGCUCAGGGGCCAGUACCAAGCUCUCAGCCAAGAUCCAAACAGUCUUUCAAACCUAGAUCAGGAUCUUCCAAAUGAUAUGAUUUAUCAAGUUGCCAUUAAGUCUCUGCCUCAAGAUUGGUUGUGGUGUGAAACCUGGUGUGACGAUGAAUCCAAACAGAGAGCCAAGACCAUUGACCUGUGCAAUAAUCCCAAGACAAAAGAACCCAAACUGAAAGCUGCUGUCAGGAUUGUCCCUGAGUGGGUGGAAUAUGAUACAGAGAUACGACAACUAUUAGAUCAUCUCGAAAACAAGAAGAAAAGUACAAUUUUGGCACAUGAUGAACUCUAGCCUGGUUUAUAUAAGACGGAGGUAUGACCAGAAAUCUGCCACCUUCUGUGGAACUGGGGAACUACUGCUAAGAAUAUUAGGUUUCAUUGAGAACAGUGACAUGUUUUUAAAUUUAAAAAAUAUUUAAAAUACAUACACUUAACAUAUAGAAUAGGUCUGAUUUAUCUAAGAAGUGACCACUGAGUAUUUUAAACUAGGUGGUUACUCUUUCCUGAUUGUUUACAACACUGGAUUUUUCACCAGUUCAAGUUGGUUCUUUCAAGUUGGCUAGAAGGUAUCUGACUAGCUAGCUCUCAAGGGUGUUGAUCAAACCAUCGACACCAUUUUUUACAUUUCGUCACAGAAAAAAAAAUUCAUGGUUUUCUCAGAAUAAGAAUGAUAAGAAUACUUUUAUCACUUAAAAAUAUAAGUAAUGUUGCACUGUCACAUAUUUUUCUUAAACCACAUGAGGUUUUACUCCUAUGCUCUAUUUAUAUUGCUUUUAUCCUAUUUCAUAAAACAGUAUUCCAUGGCCAUAUAUAUAUACAU